AAGGGGCACCUUAGUUAGUGAAUUAGACUCUUGCGCUGCAGCAGAGGUAUCUUGAAGACAAUCGAUCAAUUUUCUUUACGUAAGCGAAUCUGCUCAACGUAUCGCAUUUGCCUCACUCUGCGCCAAGGAAGCCACUACUAGGAUCAGUUCAGCUUCUUCUAGURCCUGCAGAAGAGGAAGCAGGCAUGGCUUCCGGCCGUCGAUCUUCGCCCGUCUUUGGCACGAGCGACUCGAUCCUUCUUGCCCUGGUGGCUAUGGCAGCAUGGUCKAUCCUGAUGCCGAAGGAAGACUUGAGCAACUCUAGUACAGGCAUGGCUUUUGGCUAUGGCUGCUUGCUGGUAGAUGCCCAAGCGAUAGGCCCAGGGGAGAAGAGCUGGUCCCGUUCAGUUCUGACUGACGGUGGUUCCAGUCCCGUGAACGGCGUGAGGGCAUCCACUUCCGCAGGGGAUCGUGACCUAGGCUCGCAUCUCGAAGCUGAGGGACCUGCUGACUCGGCAGGAGACUUGGGAUCACCUGGCUGGUCUGGUGCAACUGGAUCUGACUUGGAUGGAGAUGAAGCUGGCAAAGGCGGACGGUCGCUCGCUGGAGACUCAGGUGCGGGCGUGGCACAGGGCAAGGACGUCACUGUAGCAGCAGCAGCAGCAGCAGAAGCAACGACGGACACAAUUGAUGCGCGGUCGACAGGAGCUGGCUCAGGUUCCGCCUCCGCUGCGAGCGCACAUUCCGCUUCAGGCAUGGAAGCCUCAGGAGAGACACCUGCAGAUGGAAACCUCGAUUCCCGUUCUGCCCAGGCAGCCAGCGGAGGUGGAAUCUCUCGUGCUGAUGGGGCUAAUGGCUUGGACGGCGGCGAUAAGUCGGCGGGUGCAGACGAGCGCGAGAAUGUGGGUGCACAAGGAGUCGAUUCAGGACCAGGAACGGAAAGGUUAUCAGGUAGCGAUGCUAAGCAUGAGCGCGCGCAGGUGGAUGCACAAAGACUCGCUUCAGGACCAGGAACAUUGCAGCCGUCAGGUAGCGAUGGUGGAGAAGGUAUGGAGAUCGGCGAUGGGAGGGUUGAAUCGACAACAGGAAGUAAUUUGAAGAAGAGCGACAACACGGUCAACACCCCGGCAGUGGCUAUGGGCAGGCCCGCUCUUUCAGCCGAAUCGGAUUCCGAUGCUGCCGAGCUCGCGGUGACCGAUGCUUCCACCUUCGUGGAGAAAGGAGGAGCAAGCUCGGUACCAGCAACGACGGGACCAGAGUCGGUACCAGCAGCAACGACGGGACCAAGCUCGGUACCAGCAGCAACGACGGGACCAAGCUCGGUACGAGCAACAACGACCCAGUCAAGCACCCCCAGACCGAUGGUAGGUGGUCACGUGGCAUCAGCGGGACCAUCCGGCGAGGAUGGCACCGUCCAAGGCACACGAAAGGGCACCACGACUCAGCUCACGGGCGAUGGAGAUGUCCCCACUAGAGCGGUUGUGACGGGCGAAGCUCCUCAUCAUGGACUUGACGGCGAUGGUGGUGCGUCUGGCAGAGUCUCUGCUGGACGUCAACAGGUCGUUGCCCUUCCUAAGCCGGCUGAUGAGGUGUCUGCUCGCCCGCAACAUGGAAGUGGGACGUCGGGAACAGAACCAGGGGAGCUGCCGGACAUGAUCAUGCAUCAGCGGCGUAUGCCUCUGCCGCGGCGUGUGGCCCCGGUACCAACUCCAACUCUUGCUACUACGAACACUCUGAUGCAUCAGCGGCGGGUGCCUGUCCCGCCGAGUGUAGCCCCGGUUCCACCUCGGAGUCUCCACGUGUCCGAAUCCUUGCCGUCCGAGUCUGUUCCAACUGCGCCGCCACCAUCGAAUUUCCCUCCUGUUGCGACUCCCUCUCGGCCCUCUACUCCCUUCCGCAUUACAGCCGUUUCUUCGUCCCCCCAAUCAUCUCCACUCUCGCAAAUUCGAAACGGAGGAGGACCUAUCUUUACUGCCGCACCAAUGGAGAAGGCUGACCAGUCCGGCGGAGUGUCUCUCAGUGGAAGUAGGGGCAUCUACGGUUCCAUCGUGCUUCUUUCGAGCUUCGUGAUCGCCCAAGUUAUGUUCAUCAUGGAUGGGAGCUUCUACACUUGAUGAAGGGGCCAUUUAGCCGCCAUACAGUAUUACACAUCAUGCGUUCUAAAUGGACACGCACACAUCCCAUCAAACCACCACCAAGC